AUGAGUUCAGAAGCUGUGUACUCAAGGAAGAUGGCUCCAGGUAUGUCGUCACGUCUUUAUACGUAUUACAGUUUUGGAUUGGGUUGCGAUAAUCCUGCUGAUCCAUCUUCUAAACCUCACGGCGGUGCUAAAAGGAGGUCGCUUGGGCUUCAUGAUGCAUCUUCAGAUGAUCUUUCUUUGGGAAAUAUGUGGGCGAUACUCGAUGCAGAUUUUAGCAGCCCAGGUAAGAUAACUUAUUCCCCUCCCAAUAUCUCUACAUGCAUUGGUGGAUGGUCUAUGCUGUAA